UGACCCAAAUAUAGCAAUACUUUGGUUGCAUAGUAUAAUAUAUUCUUUGGGCUAAUAUCUCUAAAGACGUAGUCUUACAUCUUCUUUGUUCUGAACGUUUAAGUUUGUCACCUGUCAGUUGUUACUAAAUCUUUUCGUAAACUUGUGGCUGAGCGAGACGUCUGCCACAGCCUUCCCAAAAUGGGUGCGUACAGAUACAUUCAAGAGUUGUACCGCAAAAAGCUGAGCGAUGUUAUGCGUUUUCUGUUGCGUGUCAGGGUAUGGCAGUAUCGUCAGUUAACUCGCAUGCACCGUGCUCCUAGGCCAACCAGACCAGAUAAAGCUAGAAGGCUGGGAUACCGUGCUAAACAAGGUUUCGUCAUCUUCAGAAUCCGUGUGCGCCGCGGUGGUCGCAAACGGCCAGUUCCCAAAGGUGCUACUUACGGCAAACCUAAGAGCCAUGGUGUCAAUCAGUUGAAACCUACGCGCAAUUUACAAUCUAUUGCCGAGGAACGCGUUGGACGCCGUUGUGGUGGAUUGAGAGUACUCAACUCGUACUGGGUUGCCCAAGACUCAUCAUAUAAAUACUUCGAAGUUAUCUUAGUGGAUCCAUCCCACAAGGCUAUCCGUCGUGACCCUAAGAUCAACUGGAUUGUGAAUGCUGUACACAAGCACAGAGAAAUGCGUGGUCUUACAUCAGCAGGACGCAGUUCCCGUGGUCUUGGCAAGGGUCAUCGCUAUUCUCAAACUAAGGGAGGAUCCCGCCGUGCUGCCUGGAUUCGACGAAACACACUGCAAUUACGACGCAAGCGAUAGACAUAAAGACACUUGUCUUUUCAAUUUUUCUGUUUUUAGAUCAAUUGCGAAGGCAAUUAAUAAAUUUUUUUGCUCUUAA